AUGGUUGUAGUGGGUAAGAGUGAAGUGCACAAUGUAAGCAUGAGUAGGCCGAAGAAGAAAUCAUUGAUUGCCGUCCUGUCGACCUGUGUUUUGUUUUUCCUCGUGUUUAUAAUUGGUGCUAAGUUUCAAUAUAUUCCCGUUUUCACUAAAUUCUUAGAUGACAGGGGGGACGACAAGUCACCUCAAUUGCUGAGGGACAUGGAAUUUACAAGACUAGGCCUGACACCUAGGGCGCCGGUAAUUAUAAGGGACCUAAAGACAGGGAAGGAGAAAAAAUUACACGGGAGAUUCCUUCAUAUCACCGACAUUCAUCCUGAUCCUUACUAUGUGGAGGGAAGUUCUAUAGAUGCAGUUUGCCAUGCAGGAAAACCCAGCAAAAAGAAGGAUGCUGCCCCCAAGUUUGGGAAAGCAAUGUCUGGAUGCGAUUCUCCUGUUGUUUUAAUGGAAGAAACUCUGAGCUGGGUUAAAGAAAAUCUUAGAGAUAAGAUCGACUUUGUCAUUUGGACGGGUGAUAAUGUCAGGCAUGACAACGACCGGAAAAAUCCAAGAACAGAAGCGCAAAUUUUUGAUAUGAAUAAUAUUGUUGCAGAUAAAAUGACAGAGUUAUUUAGCGCUGGCAAUGAAGAAGAUCCUAGAGAUUUUGAUGUAUCUGUCAUUCCAAGUCUUGGAAACAAUGAUGUCUUUCCACAUAACAUGUUUGCGCUAGGACCAACGCUACAAACUAGAGAAUAUUAUAGGAUUUGGAAAAAUUUUGUUCCGCAACAACAGCAAAGGACCUUCGAUAGAAGUGCUUCUUUUUUAACUGAGGUCAUUCCAGGGAAGCUUGCUGUCCUGUCAAUUAACACACUAUACUUAUUCAAGGCUAACCCCUUAGUUGACAACUGUAAUUCAAAAAAGGAACCAGGGUACCAACUUUUGCUUUGGUUCGGUUAUGUGUUAGAAGAAUUAAGGAGUAGAGGAAUGAAAGUAUGGUUAAGUGGGCACGUGCCUCCAAUCGCAAAAAAUUUUGAUCAAUCAUGUUACGAUAAGUUUACACUAUGGACUCACGAAUACAGGGACAUAAUCAUUGGAGGAUUAUACGGUCAUAUGAAUAUUGAUCACUUUAUUCCGGCAGAUGGUAAAAAAGCUAGAAAGUCACUAUUGAAAGCCAUGGAGCAAUCCAACCGUAUUAAAGAAGAAGGAAACACUAAUGUAGACGACAAAUCUGAGUUGAAUAGAAUCUUGGAUCACGCUAUGGCGGCAAAAGAAGUUUUUUUAAUGGGAGCCAAGCCAUCUAACAAAGAAGCGUACAUGGACACCGUCCGUGACACACAUUAUCAAAAAGUAUGGAAUAAGUUGGAAAGAGUGAAUGACCAAAAUGUUGAAAGUGGGAAAAAGAAGAAAGACAAAGAAAAGAAAGACAAAAAGAAGAAAAAGCCAAUCACUAGGAAAGAACUCAUUGAACGUUAUUCCAUUGUAACCAUAGGUGGUUCAGUCAUUCCGACUUUCAAUCCUUCCUUUAGAAUAUGGGAAUAUAAUGUCACCGAUAUAGUGAAUGACUCCAGUUUCAUUAUUUCGGACUAUAAGCCAUGGGAUGAAUUUUUCGAAUCACUAGAUAAGAUUAUGGAAGACUCUUUGUUGGAAGAUGAAAUGAACAGCAGUAAUAUUGACCUCGGAAUCAACCGCGAGAAAGUGGACGAAAAGAAAAACAAGAAGAAAAAGAAAAAGAACGAUAAAACUAUCCCUAUUGAGAUGCCAGAAGAAUGCGAACUCGGCCCUGCAUAUAUACCGCAGUUAUUCACUCCGACCCGUUUCGUCCAAUUCUACGCAGAUUUGGAAAAAAUCAAUCAAGAAUUACAGAAUUCAUUUGCUGAGUCUAAGGAUGUCUUCAGGUAUGAGGUGGAAUAUACCUCAGACGAGAAACCAUACUCAAUGGAUUCAUUAACAGUAGGAAGUUAUUUGGAUCUUGCAGGCAGGUUGUACGAAGACAAACCUGCGUGGGAACAAUACGUUGAAUGGUCAUUUGCAUCUUCUGGAUACAAAGAUGAUUAA